AUGCUCUCUGCCACCCGAUUCCUCCUCUCUUCAACUAUUCUCCUGCUCCUCUGCUCCUCGGCUUCUGCCACCGGACACCUCCGUCUCGAACUCACUGCUUCGGCUGACUGUGCUCUCCGACUGACCACCGAACACACCUCCGAGACCGUUUCGCUGUUCAUGGCCGAGAAGAGAAUCACCAGUUUCCAUCUGAGAAAUGGCCAAGAUUCCCUCAAAAUCUUCGUCUCCGUCAAUGGAAGUGAACCGAAAGAGCACACGUAUCAUCUGAAAGUUGCUCAGGACGUUCACUUCUUUGCCUUCUCCAAGGUGGUCCUCUCGGUUGAGUGGUUCUUCGAGUGUGAUGCCGGAUUCUUCGGUCCCCAGUGUCUGAACACUCUAAGACCAACUACUUCCACGUCCACCACUACUUCUUCUUCUACUUCUUCUUCUACUACUUCUACUUCUACUUCAACGACUACAUCGACCACCACCACCACCACCACUAUGACCACUUCUGCCACUGCCCUGCCGUCCAAUCAAUCUGCCCCAGCCGCUCGGUCCGUUCCGACUGACAUUCUCAUCGUCCUUCUUCUGGCCAUCAUCCUCAUUUCUCUUCUCGUUCUUCUCGUUCUUCUUGCUCUGCCACGUCGUCAACGUGUCUACCUGGAGCCAGAGAUUUUCGAGCCCGAAACCAAGAAGAAGAUGACAGAAGAUUCUGGAUUCGGUUCUCCCGAUAACACCCGAUACACUGCUGCUCCAUACAAUUCUUCUGUACUAGCAUUUUCUGUCUGA